UAACGUUAUCUAUGGGUUGUUACAUCACUUCAUCGAAUUCGGAAUUUGAGAUUUAAUUUUCCGAUUGUAUUUUAGGUUUUCUACUGUACAGUUCCAUUUUCAAAGGCUCAUAAAAAUCAAAAUGAGCGCCUGGAGACAAGUAGGACUUAAUUACAUAAACUACUCCAACAUUGCUGCAAAAGUUUUGCGGCGAGCUUUAAAACCAGAAUUACGAACAGAGGCAUUACGACGAGAUGACUCUCACGUUCGUAUCACACCGUGGGCUAACGGCAAGCCAGCACAUGAAAAGGACUAGUUAAUUGUAAGCUAGGUGACUUCACAGAUUUAAAAAAACAAGCUGCCAAGUAGGUGAUUACAAUAUCUGAAAAUUCAAGAAAAUCAAGCAUGAAUUAUUUAAUUGUAUAAUAGUCUUACUGUAAUAAACAUAUACUAAAAUAA